AUGACCCACUGUUGUUCCCCUUGCUGUCAGCCUACAUGCUGCAGGACCACCUGCUGCAGGACUACCUGCUGGAAGCCCACCAUUGUGACCACCUGCAGCAGCACACCCUGCUGCCAGCCCACCUGCUGUGUGUCCAGCUGUUGCCAGCCUUGCUGCCACCCAACUUGCUGUCAAAACACCUGCUGUAGGACCACCUGCUGCCAGCCCACCUGUGUGACCAGCUGCUGCCAGCCUUCCUGCUGCAGCACACCGUGCUACCAGCCCACCUGCUAUGGGUCCAGCUGCUGUGGCCAAACCAGCUGUGGGUCCAGCUGUGGCCAUAGCAGCUCCUGUGCACCUGUGUACUGCAGAAGAACCUGCUACCACCCCACAAGUGUUUGCCUGCCUGGUUGCCUAGACCUGAGCUGUGGAUCCAGCUGCUGCCAGCCCUGCUGCCGCCCAGCCUGCUGUGUGUCCAGCUGCUGCCAGCCUUCUUGUUGCUGGGCAGCACCGCAGAGGACCAUCAUCCUCACACAACGACCUUCUGCUCAACUGACAUUUUUUUUCUUUUGA